AUGUCUUUGUAUUUUUUGCUGAUCUUUUCCAUAUUAGUUACUGAAAUGGUUUUCUUUAUUUUGUUAGGGUUACCAUUACCAACCAAGUAUCGUAAGCCAUUAACCCUGCUGAUAAUUAAACCAUUUAGAAACCAAACAGUUCAAGUUACCAUUAAAUGCAUCAUUGUGUUCGUGUUUGUCUUAUUUGCUGAUUGCGUUAGUAAAUUAAUGACAUUAAAUGAAGAAUUAUAUUCCAAGAAAAGGGGUGAAGGUAUAUUUGGAGAAACUACUGGUGGCGGUGGUGGUGGUGCUUUUCUGAGUAGCGGUGCAAGAGCUGAUAUAUACAGUAGGAAAUUUUACGCCCAAAGAAACAUGUAUCUAACUGGUAUCACUUUGUUUUUGUCUUUAUGUGUAACUAGAAUUUUCGGUUUGGUUAUCGAAUUAUUAGAUUUGAAGGCUAAAUAUAGAAAAGUUGAUCCCACACCAAAAAAUUCAUUGUCUAAAUCUGAACUUUUAGAAGAAAUUAAAACCUUAGAUGAUAAGAUAGAAACUCUAAAAACAAAGUCAUUAAAUCUACAACAGAAAGAAUGA